AUGGGGAAGAAAGGUGGGUUGUUCAGGUAUGCAGAUGGUGUGGACAAGUUACUGAUGGUGUUUGGAACUUUGGGUAGCAUUGGAGAUGGAUUGAUGACACCUCUUACAAUGUUUGUGCUCAGCCGGGUCAUCAAUGAGUAUGGAGCUGCUACUCUUACCUUCUCUAACGACAUUGUCGACGAGUACUCACUCAAGCUGCUCAUUGUAGCAAUUGGAGUAGGAAUAUCUGCUUUCAUUGAGGGAUUUUGUUGGACCAGAACUGCUGAGAGACAGACAUCGAGAAUGAGAAUGGAAUACUUGAAAUCAGUCCUCAGGCAAGAGGUUGCGUUCUUUGACAGUCAAGCCAAUUCUUCCAUGACCUUCCAAGUCAUUUCUACAAUCUCGUCUGAUGCUCAUUUAAUCCAAGACACAAUAGCUGAGAAGCUACCAAAUUGUCUGGCACACCUCUCAUCAUUUAUGUUCUGCAUUCCUGUUGCCUUUAUUCUGUCUUGGAGACUGGCAUUGGCUGCUCUUCCAUUCUCGGUAAUGAUUAUUAUCCCCGGAUUGGGAUUUGGGAAGGUAAUGCAAAACUUGGGAGUUAAGAUGCAUGGUGCCUAUGGUGUUGCUGGAGGGAUUGCAGAACAAGCAUUCUCUUCAAUCCGUACGGUCUAUUCUUAUGUUGGGGAGCAUCAAACACUGAAGAAGUUCAGCAUUGCUCUUGAGAAAGCUACAGCGCUUGGCAUAAAGCAAGGAUUCACAAAGGGAUUGCUAAUAGGGAGCAUGGGAAUGAUUUAUGCUGCUUGGGCUUUUCAGGCUUGGGUUGGAAGCAAACUUGUUACUGAGAGAGGUGAAAAAGGUGGCCUUGUUUUUGUCUCUGGAAUCUGUGUCAUUCUGGGAGGAUUGGCCAUUAUGAGUGCACUUCCAAAUCUAUCCUUCAUCACUGAGGCAAGUACUGCUGCUACUCGAAUAUCUGAGAUGAUCGAUCGUGUUCCAGUUAUAGACUCUGAAAAUGAAAAGGGCAAAGUUUUACAACAUGUCAAAGGAGAUAUCGAGUUCAGAAAGGUUGAAUUUUUCUACCCAUCAAGACCUGAGACCCCAAUUCUUCAAGGACUCAGCCUUAAGGUACAAGCUGGUAAGAUGCUGGGUCUUGUUGGAAGCAGUGGCUCUGGGAAGUCGACAAUCAUUUCUUUGCUUGAAAGGUUUUAUGAUCCAGUGAAAGGAGAAAUUCUCCUUGAUGGACACAAAUUAAAGAAGUUUCAGCUGCACUGGUUGAGAUCCCAGAUGGGGCUGGUUAAUCAAGAACCGAUUCUCUUUGCGACAUCCAUACUAGAGAACAUUUUAUUUGGGAAGGAAGGAGCUUCUAUGGAAGAUGUGACAAGUGCAGCUAAGGCUGCAAAUGCACAUGACUUCAUUGUUAAACUACCUGCAGGAUAUCACACUCAAGUUGGGCAAUUUGGAGUUCAAUUGUCUGGAGGGCAAAAGCAAAGGAUUUCCAUAGCAAGAGCAAUCAUCAGAGACCCAAAAAUUCUUUUGCUUGAUGAAGCAACAAGUGCUUUGGAUGCUCAGUCUGAAACUAUUGUACAGGAAGCCUUGGACCAAGCAUCACAAGGAAGAACAACCAUUGUCAUAGCUCACCGCCUCAGCACAAUCCGCAAGGCUGAUAUGAUAGUGGUUCUUCAAUCAGGGAGAGUGGUUGAGAAGGGAUCCCAUAACGAGUUGGUCAACGUGAGAAAUGGAGAAGGUGGAGCUUACAAAAAAAUGCUGCAGUUACAACAACAAGCCCUGCAAAGUAGUAACCCCAACAAAAUCGAGCAACCUCAAACUCCACAGACACCAAGAGGUUUGGGGCCAAGUUGGCAAAACAGCCCAGGACCACUGAGUGGCAAAACAAGCUGGCACACAACAAAGAGUGUUCACUCAAGUUGGCAAAACAGCCCAAUGACCCCAGCAUAUGCAGUCACCCCAAUAUUUUCCAUCAGUAUAGCAAACUCCAUCCAAACUCCACAGUAUGGUGAUUUUGAUGAUGAAUGGUCAGAUGAAAUCUCUAAAACUUCCUCAUCUCAGUGGCGUUUGUUUCAAAUGAAUUCACCAGAGUGGAAGCAAGCAAUACUCGGGUGUCUAGGUGCUGCUGGUUUUGGAACUCUUCAGACAAUUAAUGCCUACUGCUUAGGAACAGUAGUGUCAAUUUACUAUAAAACAGACGAUUCCGCCAUCAGAUCACAGAUCAGAUUCUACUGUUACAUCUUCCUAGGCAUAGCAGGUUUCAGCUUCUUAACUAGCCUCCUCCAGCAUUACAACUUUGCAGUCAUGGGAGAGAGAUUAUCCGAAAGGGUCCGAACAAAACUACUAGAAAAAAUUCUUACCUUUGAGAUAGGGUGGUUUGAUCAAGAUGAAAACACAAGUGCUGCCAUCUGUGCCCGGCUAACCACUGAAGCCAAUAUUGUUAGAUCCCUUACUGCAGACCGUAUCUCAUUGUUGGUUCAGGUUUUCUUCAGUGCCGCCAUAGCUUAUACACUCGCAUUAAUAGUCACUUGGAGGAUAGCCACUGUUAUGAUUGCGAUACAGCCCUUGCUCAUUGGAAGUUUCUAUUCAAGGAGUGUUCUAAUGACAAAUAUGUCUAGAAAAGCACGGAAAGCACAGGCUGUGGGUAGUCAACUUGCAAGUGAAGCUACCUUCAACCACAGAACAAUCACUGCAUUUUCCUCACAGACAAGGAUAUUAAACCUCUUUCAAGAUGCUAUGCAAGGCCCGAGGAACGAGAACAUCAAACAGUCAUGGGUUGCGGGUAUUGGCCUCUUCAGCUCUCAAUUUGUUACCACAGCUGCUAUAGCUUUGACAUAUUGGUACGGAGGGAGGCUUAUGAAUCAGAACUUAGUGUCCUCAACGCACCUGUUUCAAGUUUUCUUCAUCCUGAUGAGCACCGGUAAGAACAUUGCAGAUGCAGGAAGCAUGACCUCUGAUAUUGCUAGAAGUGGAAAAGCCAUCACUUCAAUAUUUGCUAUUCUAGACAGAGAAAGUGAGAUUUCUUCAGAGGAGCUAAAAGGUGUUAAAAAGUCUUUCAAGGGUCACAUAGAGCUGAAAAAUGUGGUAUUCUCUUACCCAGUGAGGCCUGACCAGAUGAUCUUUAAGGGCUUGAAUCUCAAGAUUAAAGCUGGAAACACCAUGGCACUAGUGGGACAGAGUGGUUCAGGCAAGUCCACUGUUAUCGGCUUGAUCGAAAGAUUUUAUGAGCCACUAAGUGGAUCAGUAUUCAUAGAUGGAUGUGACAUCAAGCAGUACAAUCUAAAGAAUUUGAGGUCACAGAUUGCUUUGGUAAGCCAAGAGCCUACUCUAUUUGGAGGCACAAUCCAUGAAAACAUUAUCUAUGGUAAAGAAAAUGCAACAGUGUCUGAAGUUAGAAAGGCUGCAAAACAAGCCAAUGCUCAUGAGUUUAUAAGCUCCAUGGAAAGUGGAUAUGACACUUACUGUGGUGAAAGAGGAGUUCAGCUAUCCGGAGGGCAGAAGCAGAGAAUAGCACUUGCGCGAGCGAUACUAAAGAACCCAAGCAUUCUUCUCUUGGAUGAAGCAACCAGUGCACUUGACAGCGUAUCGGAGAAUCUAGUCCAAGAAGCACUGGAGAAGAUGAUGGUGGGCAGAACAUGUGUAGUGGUAGCUCACAGGUUGUCCACAAUACAAAAAGCAGACUCCAUAGCAGUGAUAACGAAUGGAAAAGUAGCAGAACAAGGAUCACAUUCUGAACUGGUUUCAGUUGGAAGUGGUGGUGCCUACUACUCUUUAAUAAAACUACAAAGCAAUCAAGCAAUCUCAGCAAGAACAAAUUAG